AAAGGGCAGAUGACAUUAAAUGCAUUUCCUUGCUCGAAAACCCUCUUAAAAUCACAAUGAUGCUCGCAUUCGCAGAACCGAAGGAGCAAAAAACUUGUUCAUCUGUUGUCUAUCUCGCUGCCAAGGGAUUCAGCCAUUUUUGUCAAGCGAGGGGGAAUUAAUCAAGCAUUUUGGGGUCAGACUCAGACAUGGUUGAUUGUAAGAUAGACGAUAACAAAGAAACCCUGCCAGAAAUGGCUGGUAAGGACGACACAAAUGGAACUGAGUCAACAAAGGACGACAACUUGGUGACUGCUGGAAAGGAGCUGUUUAAAGACGUCGGUAAGGGUGAGUCCCCCAUACUUGAUUCUAAGAGUCUUCAAGACGACAAGGUUUUCCUCAAAUCUCCCACCAAAGCUGAAGGUGAAUCUCAAGGCCCCGGUGGCUGUAGGGACAGUACUAAUCUUGAUUCUGCUGAACAACUGGACUCCAUAGUCCAGAAUGAGAGUCCAGUGGAAGUUAGACCUGAGGAUGAAGAACCUAUUAAACCGAAAGAUGGGGUGACUUGGGGGGAGUUGAGUGGAGUCCAUCCGGCAACUCAACUGGAAUCAUGUAUGGUACAUGUUACUGGAACAGAGGAACUAAAAAUUGGAGUGAAGAGGUGUUGCUCACUCUUAAGCAAUAAAGAAAUGGAAGAGAACCCGAAGCGAGGAGCAAUUCUGACGGAGGCAUUAAUGGAAAAUGAAAUGGAGGAGGGAUUGGAUGAUGUGCUGAAAGUGACAGAGAUGCUAUCAGCCGAUAAGACUAAGGAUGCAUUGCUAAAGCCCGAGUUGGACGUGGAACAUGAUAUUGAUGUGAAAACACCUGCCAAGACCUUUCUACUGGAUGCAAAUCCCAUCGGGGAAGAUGAGUCUGGAACAGAAGAAGAGCAAGCUGCGUUUAUGAAAGAGCUAGAAACUUUCCACAAAGAAAGGUGCUUGGAGUUCAAGGCCCCACGGUUCUAUGGAGAGCCAUUAAAUUGUCUCAAGUUGUGGAGAGCAGUGAUCAGACUUGGUGGUUAUGAGCAGGUAACAUCAUGCAAGCUAUGGCGACAAGUAGGAGAAUCGUUCAAACCCCCUAAGACUUGUACUACUGUCUCUUGGACAUUCCGAUGUUUUUAUGAGAAGGCCCUACUGGAAUAUGAAAAGCACAAAAUGCGUAGUGGUGAGCUUCCUUUCACUGAUGCUGCUUUUGCAGAACCCACUAGUGCUGGAAUCCAGGGGCAUCAACCCUUUGGAUCAGGUCGAGCAAGAAGAGAUGCUGCAGCUCGAGCCAUGCAAGGUUGGCAUUCUCAACGUCUUCUUGGUAAUGGUGAGGUCGGAGAUCCUAUCAUUAAGGAGAAGAACUCAGUAUCUUUGCCAAAGCGUGAAAAGCAACUUAAAAGCAUUGGUUUGAAGCGGAAAAAGCCUUCUCCCAUGGAGCAUGCUGCCAAAGUUACCGGCGUGAAAGUAUCAAAACCGCAUUUGGAGACAAUGGUGGUGGAUAUUGGCCCUCCUGCUGACUGGGUGAAGAUCAAUGUGCAGAAAACUAAGGAUUGCUAUGAAGUCUAUGCUUUAGUUCCUGGCCUUUUGCGUGAAGAGGUUCGUGUGCAGUCUGAUCCUGCUGGACGCUUGGUUAUUUCUGGCCAACCUGAACAGCUGGACAAUCCUUGGGGUGUUGCUCCAUUCAAAAAGGUAGUCAGCUUACCUUCAAGAAUUGAUCCUCACCAGACCUCUGCUGUGGUUACCCUGCAUGGGCAGCUCUUUGUGCGUGUACCAUUUGAACAAUCAAAUAUGUAGGCUGAGGCGAGCGGCCUCCUACAUUAUCAGAUGGAACCCCGGGGUUGUUUUGGGAAAUGGAGGUGUUGAAUUCACGCGUGAUAUUGAAUUUGGCUUGAUAGUGCAAGUUGUGCCUUAGUGCUAGGUAAGUGUUAGGUUUUAUAGUUUGCUCAAGACAGAGAUGUAUUUAGAUAGUAGAAGCUGUCAUGCCAUUUCCUCUAAUCCAUCUCCUAUGCUACCUCAAUCCCACAAUCUGUUAAUUUUUGUACAAAAUCUUGCCAUAUCGUCAGCACCUUGAGUAUGAGAGAUCUUUCUGAACCUCGAA